CCCCCGUUCAGCCGCGGAGAGCACGGCGCGGUGGGCGGGGUGGAUCCAGCCGGUGUCUCCUCUCUGCCGCAGCGGCCAUGCUGCUGUCCGCCGCCUCUCUCCGCGCAUCCCGCUCCGGCUCCGCAGGUGAAACCAGCCGCCGGGGUUGUUGACGCACAGGCCCGGUGCGCCUGGGCUCGGCCGCAGCGGCUUUACCCCCCGAACCGGAUCCGAGGCGAACGGCCCGGAACGCGGCGGCGGCGGCGGUGACGGAGAGGGAGGGGAGGAAGGAGGAAGAGGAGAAAGCCUCCUUAGCAACAAACCGGUUUGACGGCAUUAUUGGGAUGGACGGGUCGCUGAGGACUCUGGAGGAUUAAACUGUGGCCUGAGACACAACGAAAUGGCCCCAAAACGUACCGGAUCACAGGGAUAAUGGUUUAUUGAUUCGGGUUUUAAAGCCGGGCUGGUUGCUCUUGGCCUCUACAGCGACUCGUUCUUUUGUAAAGCCAGACAUCAGGGGUUACGGUGGGGUCACUGAGACUGCAGUGAAGUGGCCUCGGGGACACGGACAGACCAUCGAGCAAGGCAUUGACUACAGGGGGUCUAAAAUGUCACGGUUUUAGAUCGGCUUCAGCUUGUUGCAGUGGAGAAAGGUCCUUUUUUAAGGUCUAACGGCACCACUCUGGUAGCAGACCACUGGAUCUACACUGAGCCCUGAGGUGAAGAUAAUCCUGGACUACGUCUGUCACAGCUGUUUCAUUGGACCGGAAUUAGUGACUCUUUACUACAACUUGAUUUUGUCAUUCUUGGUACGUUUUGAGGACUUAAGGGGACUGCCUUGAAUGGGAUCAUCAUGAGGAACGUCUGAACCUCACAUGUUUUAUGAGUAACUGGCCUCUGGGUUUUGGACCGCUCGCCAAGGAUCAGCUCGUUCAAUCCACCGGGAUAUGAAUCUUGAAUUGGGCGAACUCUGAGUGCUACUGGAAGCUCAUCCGCCAUGUCUCUGAGUAAGACCCUCGAGUUGGAGCAUUUCGACGAACGCAACAAGGUCCGCCGGGGACGCUCCACCCGACCCAAGAGAGAUGACUCCACCGCCAGCGGCGGGGGGUCUGGACCCAGUUCCAGGGGCAGCAGCCUGGUUCCCAGUCCCGCCCACAGUGCCAACUGCAGCUACUACAGGACCCGCACCCUGCAGGCCCUCACCUCAGAGAAGCGAGCCAAGAAGGUCCGGUUCUAUCGCAACGGGGACCGGUACUUUAAGGGCCUGGUGUAUGCCGUCUCUAGUGACAGGUUCCGGUCGUACGACGCUCUGCUGAUGGAGCUGACUCGGUCACUGGCAGACAACCUUCAUCUGCCCCAAGGAGUUCGUUCGAUCUACACCAUAGAUGGCAGCAAGAAGAUCACCAGCAUGGACGAGCUGGUGGAAGGCGAGUGCUACGUUUGUGCCUCAAACGAGCCUUACCGGAAGGUCGACUACACGAAGAUCUCCGUGCCGAGCUGGAAGCCCGGCGCCAGCUCCGGGACCGGCGCGUCCGCCACCGGUCGGACCGCGACCGCCUCCGCCGGGGUGUCGACGAGCACCGCUGCCGUCUCAAAGGAACGGCCCGAGAGCAGGGAGGGCAGGGAGAGCAAAGAGUUCAUCAAACCCAAGCUGGUGACGGUGAUCCGGAGCGGCGUGAAGCCUCGCAAGGCCGUGAGGAUCCUGCUCAACAAGAAGACGGCGCAUUCCUUCGAACAAGUGCUGGCUGACAUCACGGAGGCCAUCAAACUGGACUCUGGAGCGGUGAAGAGGCUCUACACGCUGGAUGGAAAGCAGCUCACCUGCCUGCAGGACUUCUUCGGAGACGACGACGUGUUCAUGGCGUGCGGGCCGGAGAAGUUUCGAUACGCCCAGGACGACUUUGUGCUCACGCAUUCUGGGAAAACGGCGGCCUUCGUCAACGAGUGCAGGACCAAGUCGUCUCGACCAGCUGCUCCUCAGAAAACCCCCAAGACUCCCAGCGGCUCCGGCUUCUCCUCCUCUAAGACUCCUCCCAGAGGCCUGUCCAGGACCAAGUCACCGGGUUCAGCCAAUGAGGGCUCAGGAUCCCAGUCAGCUGCCAAGUCGAACAGAUCCAGCCCGUCUCCCACCAGCCCUGGGACACGACGCAACCUAAAGCAGAUCUCUCCUCGCCGGGCCUCCUCCACGGACGUGAACGGGGACGCCGAGCAGCCGGACGACGCCGAGGAAGUGAACGGAAACCGAUCCGUCUCCUCCUCCACCAUCAACGAGAAGUACAAGGUCGGAAAAGUGAUCGGCGAUGGGAACUUUGCCGUGGUGAAGGAGUGUGUGGAGAGAGCGACAGGACAGGAGUACGCUCUGAAGAUCAUCGACAAAGCUCGCUGCUGUGGGAAGGAGCACUUGAUAGAGAACGAGGUGGCGGUGCUGAGGAGGGUCCGACAUCCCAGCAUCAUCCAGUUAAUCGAAGUGGACGAGACGCCCAGUCAGCUGUUCCUGGUCAUGGAGCUCGUUAAGGGUGGCGACCUUUUUGACGCCAUCACCUCCUCCACCAAGUACAGCGAGCGCGACGCCAGCGCCAUGGUGUUCAACCUUGCCGGAGCCAUCAAGUACCUCCACCGGAUGAACAUCGUCCACAGAGACAUCAAACCAGAGAACCUGCUGGUGUGUGAGUAUCCGGACGGCACCAAGUCCCUGAAGCUGGGGGAUUUUGGGCUGGCUACUGUGGUGGAAGGUCCGCUGUACACCGUCUGCGGCACGCCGACCUAUGUCGCGCCGGAGAUCAUCGCUGAGACCGGUUAUGGUCUGAAGGUGGACAUCUGGGCCGCAGGAGUCAUCGCCUACAUCCUUCUCUGUGGUUUCCCUCCUUUCAGAAGUGAGAACAACGUCCAGGAGGAGCUGUUCGAUCAGAUCCUCAGAGGGAAGCUGGAGUUUCCGUCUCCAGACUGGGACGCCGUCAGCCUAUCGGCAAAGAUGCUGAUUAGCCAAAUGCUGCAGGUGAACGUGGACGCUCGCUUCACAGCCGAGGAGGUCCUCUCCCACCCCUGGGUGACGGACGAGGCACCGGGAGAGUCCAACACUGUGAGCGGCCCUGAAGAUCACGCCAGUGAAGACGCGCAGGAAUCAGACCGCGACUCUCCAGUCCUGGAGACCAAGCAAGUUCCCUCACCGCUGGUCUAGGUCGCAUCCCCCUUACAUUGUGAACCCCCCCCCCCCAACCCAAGACCACCAUCCAGCCUGGAGAGCAAGCCUUCACCCACUAAGAGCUAAAUAAUCUUCACCAAGUCGGCUCUUCAACAUCUCCGUUUACCUACUGGAAACCCAUCACCUUCAUGUUCUCUGACCUGCUCCGUCACAUCUUCUGGAAAGUAAAACUUUAAAAUCUACGCUGAUUUGAUAAAAGGUUCUCAGCUUCUGGAGCAAUCUAGAAAAGAUGCUCCCCAGCCGGUGACUGAAUACAUAUCAGGUGAUGUUUUUCCUCCGGGAGACCAGUCCACUUCCAUGGUGUCAGAUGUAAAAACUUGACCAGUCAGUGGUAGACGGGUAGAAAUCUGCUGAAUGCCCUUCAGUACCUCAAUCUUUCCCUCAGCUCUGGUCAGAAACAUCAUUUAGGUUUCAGAGUUUAUCGUUUAUCACGUCAUCUAAAUACACGGUGCUUAAAACCUGAACGCCACUGGAGUCCAGUAUCUCAGUUCUGGAGCAUUUUACACCAUAGCUUUUGAUUUUUAUUACAAUCUGAUCUAGGGCUGGUUUCUGUUUCCCUCAAAGGAAACUAAACAAAUACGCUCAAAUCUGUUGGGUUCAGUUCUCCCAAACCAGUUUGGAGCAUAGCCUUGAAUCUCUUUAAAGUCUGGAAUACAUUCCUUUACUUUACAGCAGACUUAACGAGCCUGCGUUAUUUUAGACCAACCCAAAGACAAUUUAUCAGUUUUCUCCAGGUUUUUCGUUCAACUGGUAACAGACCAGCUUCUCCAGUAUUAUAUCCAGCUAAUCUCCUGGAAACCGUCUCCGUCCUCUGGUCCAGAGCUGGUGCCAAUUCAUCUCCUGAAGGUUUUUGCACAAGGCCCCCGUCUCUGCUGCAGAUGGGCUCCGUUAAAAUGGCACUACUACGUUUUAUUUUCCAGAAAGACACUACCGAAGCCAACCCCCUGCUGCUUGAAGGACCAGCGUGAACGCGGGCACACCACGAAGGUGCUAUUGGACUCGUCUGAUUAGCAUGGCUGUACCUCUGAUAUGAAUGAAACCUCGGUUUCAUGGCUGUAGAAGGGAUCAGACGUUGGUAUGAUUCCAGGAAUACACGCAGCUGGGUCGUCAGAGCUGCUCCAGGUCAGGGAUAACCUUCGCUGAAGUUCCUGGUAAACCAGGAGGUCUUCCAUUCAUCUGAAGAUCUGCCCCGUUUUUUUUUUUUUUAAUUCUCCCCUGUCUUUCCUGUGCUGGCCCCCUGAAGAUUCAUGGCCAUCCACCUGCUGAGGAGGGAUUUCAGCACUGUGCCUGUUUGCGCUGCUGUUUUAUCCAUUCCUAACGUCUUUAAAUGUUCGCCCUUGGUUCCACCAGUCCAACCAGCCACCACCUUCUGCUUCUGUCUUCUUUACUUAGUCAUGAGUCUCAGUGUUUUGAUCUUUACAGACCUUUGCCAGAAUAUACCCGUCUCUUUAAAAAUGGAGCAGGAAUAGUGCAACAUCACUUAAAAUCUCUCCCCAGGAGGAACAUUUUUUUUUUACUUUUGUAUCUCUGUCAACUAAGGCUUGAGUUGAUUGAAGAAUGUUGGAAAAAGGAAGGAAGCGAGUGUUGUGCAAUCUGGGUUUUGGCUUAUAAUUAAGUUAUUAUAAGCUAGAACAUUUCUGAUGACCUUUAGGAAAGUAAAAGCCUAAAACUAGGCCCAGCUGCAUUACAUCUGUUUUCUUGCCACUCUCGCUGAAUCCCAUUUCUCAGCUAUCUUACCCAUAUUAAAUGGAAAAUGGCUUGUACAGUGCUUUAACUAGUCCAACGACCCCAAAACGCUCACGCUACAGUCAGUCAUUCACUCAUUCACACCCUGACGGUGGUGAGCUAUGUUAGUAGCCACAGCUAUAGCAUUUACGUCAGACGUUCACGACAAACCUUCUGCCGGUCUACAAAGGAACAUACAAGGUCGCUCUAGAUAUUGCUUCCACCUUGGAAAGGUUUACAGACAACCAGUCGCACACACAGUCACACCUAAGGCCAAUUUAGAGAGACCAAUUAACCUAACAGUCACACUUUUUGACUGAGGAAGCCGGAGUACCCAGAGAGAACCCACGCAUGCACAGAGAGAACCAAUUCCAUUAAGAAAGACCCCAUGCCAGGAUUUCAACCCAGGACCAUCCUGGUGCAAGACAACAGUGCUCUCCACUGUUCCAUUGCUCAGCCUAUUUAAUCAUAUUAAAUAAUAUAUCCCACGCUUAGUUUAUUAUUGAGCUCAUUGAAGAAAAAUCAUAAUAAAUUUAGUUUUAUUAAUUUUUUUUAGCUAUUAUUAAUUUCUUUUGGAUUUGAUUUUUCGCUGGUGUAGGAUGAUAAGUGUUGCACAUUUGAAAUACUAUAAUAUAUAAUGGUCCUUUUUCCAUCCUGCUGCUGAAUUUUAAUUAUUCGAAGAACAACGACAUAGUAAAAUGUAGUGAUUGUAGGAAAAAGUGAAAAACGCUGCAAAAAAGUGGGAAAACUCAGCAUCUAGAACAUUAAGGAGUUUUAAAGCAGAUCAUGUGUCGACCAAUGGGUAAAGAAGGGAAAUGGGAUUCAGCCUUAGGAUCAUCUUUAGCUUCUUGUCCAGGAGGUUCUGUCGUCUCGCUCUUCUUCACGUCCUCUCCUACUUUCUCCUACUUUUGAAUUCUUGAUCAACUGAGUGACAUUUCAUUUUUUACCAGAACAAUUCAAGCAUCGCUUCGAGGUUGCUGCCUGCAGGGGGACCGA